AUGGACCUUUUCCAAAAAGCAAUCACGGUAAAAUUAAGCCACAAGGACAAGUAUUUGGUGGCGGAGGAUGACCAAGAAUCCGUAUCCCUCGACCGCGACGGUUCGUCGAAGAACGCGAUAUGGUCGGUCCAGUUCUUUGAGACGGAGAGGUACUUGCGCUUCAAAAGUUGCCACGGAAAGUACCUAACCGCAUCGGAUGCGCGGAGAGUGGUUCAAAGCAUUCCGAAAAAGCUCGACUCCUCGACCCAAUGGGAGCCGAUACGAGACGGCUUUUCGGCGCGGUUGCGGACUCCGAACGGGAACUUUCUUCAGCCGAUUGGGGGCUUGCCACCGUGGCGGAAUUCGGUGAAGCACGACGUUCCGCAACGAGUGGGAACGCAAGAGAAGGUUUUGUGGGACGUCGAGGUGGUCGAGGCGACUCCAAAAACGCCGCCAUCAUUGUCGUCGCCGUCACCAAAUAUUUGCCGCGAGUCAACGUUGAUUACGAGCUUCCCGAUAGGAAGGACGCCGCCUACCCUUGAACCUAAGGCUACCAAAUUCACAACCGUGAAGCAUCGAUUCAUGGGAUUCACUCGAGGUGAAACGAAAUUCGACAGGGUGUAA